AUGACACUUUUGUCGGCAAUUGUGGAAAAUCUGGCGACGAGUCGGUACUACAGCACAAGUGCAGACAGUGAACUCACAUCUGAUUUAAUGGAUGACUACAACGGAAAUAUCGCAAAACUUUUAUUUGUUAAUAGAAAAAGAAGUUGUUUGAGACGAGCGGCCAGUUGUGACCACAGACCCGAUGAUUGCUGCGACAGCUCUGUCUGCAGAUGUAAUGUUUGGGGAACGAACUGCCGGUGCCAGAGGGCCGGUCUCUUCAAAUGGGGCUAAGCAUGUGGUGUGGCUUAUGGUGGAGACGAGGCGUUGUGAUGGGAUAAUACGAUAAGACUUAAUCCGAUUCCACAUAAAAAAUAUAAUAAGUUUUAGUAAUAUUAAAUAUAAUGACGAGAAAAACCAUAUGAAAUAAACCAUUAUAUUAUAAAUAAUCAGUAAUUCCAUUGCGUUUGAUAUAUAACUUAUUGGUUAUGAAACAUAUAAUUAUUAAAU